AUGGACGAUCAAUCCAGGAUGCUGCAGACUCUGGCCGGGGUGAACCUGGCCGGCCACUCGGUGCAGGGGGGCAUGGCCCUGCCGCCUCCCCCUCACGGCCACGAAGGGGCGGACGGCGACGGCAGGAAGCAGGACAUCGGCGACAUCCUCCACCAGAUCAUGACCAUCACCGACCAGAGCUUGGACGAGGCGCAAGCAAAGAAACAUGCCCUGAACUGUCACAGAAUGAAACCCGCGCUCUUCAGUGUCCUAUGUGAGAUCAAAGAGAAAACAGGUAAGACGCUGCGCCCCGCGGUGGGCCUGGAGACCCCCGAGGUGGGGUCCGAGCUACUCCUUCGACUCUCCAGUUGA